AUGGCCUCCCUCCCCGAGGGUUGGGAGUCGGACUAUGAUGGCUCGAGGUGGUUCUUCCGCUACAAGCCAACGGGUGCCGUGCAGUUCAUGUUCCCCAAGCCAGGCGACGAGUUUCCCGAGUACUUUGAUAACUUCGGCCCCGUCGCGCAGAGCUAUAUCCCCACUCCCGAAGAAAGCCUCGAGAGCGACCGCCAGCGGCGCAUGUCAGGCUUACCCCCAAGACGGUCGGCCAGCAUUGCAUCCCGAACUGGUGCUGCUGCCAGCAAAGAGCCCGCCUCCGCCACACUCGGCCGCAGCGACUUUCUCAACUCAUCGUCCUUUGACAUGUUUGGUGGCUUUCUCGGCCCAGCUUCUUAUACCGACGUGUCUCCCCUCUACGAAGACGAAGAAGAACCGGACCCCAAAGCUGUUGACGACCCCACACAACGAGGCAUCGCCGAGGUCGACAGCACACCUGCCAGCACACUCACCACCCCGAACCUAGUCAAUAGUGUUGCCACAGAAAGCGUCGACACAACAGCUGCUGCUGCUGCCGCCACAACCCUGCCACCCAACACGGAGCCGGUCAUUAUCCACGAGCUCCCGGACGCUCUUGCGCUUGGCGGUCGGCACUACGCCUCCGACCCCGUCGGCAACAUCUCGGAGCUGGCCACGGAACAAACACCUCUGACUGAAGAAGAAGCCAACCCACCGCCCGUCGAACUUGACAGUGGGCCCAUCCUGCCUGGUCCUGCAGAGCUGCCACACGAGCCCAUUGUCGCGACAGCUGCACCCAUCGCCACACCCCCAGUUGCGGCCACAGCUGCGGUUGUAGCCGCCAAAGAGACGAAGCCCAACGAAGCAACAACCGCUUCUGCCGAGAAGCCGCCUGCCAGUGACGAUACAGGUCGCCAACCUCCUGUAGUUGCCGACCUUGCUAUUGCUACUGCCGCCGCUGCGGAGGCGAGAAACAGUCAACGUGACGGCCCCCAUCAAGACAAGCCCCACGAAGAACAUCGCCGUGCUACCCUUGACACAACACUCACUAGCAUACCUCUUUCACUUCAGCCAUCGCAGCCGCUUCAGAGCCAGCCUGUGCCAAGACCAGUUGAAGAGCCUCAGUCUCCACCUCAGCCUCAACCACCAACCUCUUUCACUCCUGCACCCGUUGCUGCCCCUGCUUUUCCUGCAUCUGCGGCAGAGCCUCCAAAUUCCCCCCCCACAGCAGAACGAGAAGCCAAAGACGCCCCCAACCGUGUGCCCUCUAUUCUUCAACCUGCGUCAAACCGUCCGUACAUCCCCCAGGCUCUUGUUACUCCGAAACCUGCGGGCGCCGUUCUCUCCGACGUUCCUUUGGUGCUACGAGCUGCUGUGCCUCAAAGAACCGCACCACCUCCUCAGCCGACUCCAACGCCCGUGGCCAGCGUCUCUGCGCUGCCUGCUCAAGCACCAGCUAGCCAGACGAGUGAAAAGAAGGACAUUGUAGGCACAGCACCGGCCCCAGCUACCCAAGAAGGUACCGAAGGAUCUGAUUUGGCAACACCCCAGGCUGGAUCGAAAGACGUCCAGGACUCACAGCCUGAGUUGAUGCCAGCACCGCUCCGCCUGUCUCGCCAAGGUAGCCCGACGUCGCUUGCUUCUCCACUAUCUAUGCCAGCUGUUCCCAACGCACCCCAAACUACGCCAGCCACGAUCAACCAGAUUGCACAGGCCCUCGCGCCUAAGACCUCUGCUUCCUUUGGUGUUACGGCAGCAAACGAAGCCAUUCCCUCUCCGUUAAAGCCAAGAUCACCACCUCCUCACGCUUCUACAUCUGCUUUUAGCAUCCUCUCGGCCUCCGGAACCUCAUCUUCGAUACAGCCGCCUGCGCCGGCAGCUGGAUCGUCCGGAGCUGGGCCAGCUUCACCGCCUCCACUUGGUGUGGUCGUCGGAUCCGAAAGUGUCUCUACAAGCAAAGAUAUGCCCGCACCGGUGCCCCCAACCGGUACAGCUACAGCGGCCACCAUUGUCUCACAGCCGCCGCCUCCCACACCCGUCGUGAUGUCUGCCAACUUUGCCAGCACCGCACCGAAACCGAUGUCGCCGGUCAACACACCACCUCCCGUUGCCGGUCCCACCCGUGCUCCGAGCGUAAAGGCGCCCCCGAGCGGCCUUGCGUCGAUCGCCGAAGCAUCGUCGGGUCUCAUACUGGCCGCCGAGGAGCGUCAGACGCCCCAACCACAGGCACAGCCCCCUACCACCGCGCCACCGCAGGUCCAGCAAUCGUCUCCGACUUCGACCUUUGCAGCUACACCGUCCGCUACGCCGCCGCCAACCGUAACUGCUGCCCAACCGCCCCUGCAGAACCGCAUCCAGCGCAAGCCAACUGUGCAACGCAAAGCUGUUGGUGGAGGCUCGGGGAAUGCAUCGCCUCGGUCUGCGAGCGCUCAAUCGCCACAACUCACUGCCUCGGCCGUCCCCGGUGCCUCCUCGGGCCCUGGUCCCGGCCCUGGUCCGACAAUUCUCCCUCACCGCAUGUCCGUCUCGUCCGUCUCAAACCAACAAUGGGGAGUUGCCGUCGACCAGCUCGGCCAGCAACCCAUCCAGCCCAUCCAGUCCAUUUCGUUGCAACAAUCUCCUGCGUCAACCCCGGCGCAGCCUGCUUCCUCGACAAUUGAUCCGCAGCGCGUGCACACGCCCGCCCAAAGCAUUCACAGUGUCCAUAGCGCCCCGAGCCAGAGCAGUCCCCAACAGACGCACCAGUCGCCGGCCCUGUCCGUCAAUUCGAUGCACCGCAACUCGGUGGCCGGCUCGGUUACUACACCGUCUCCACCCGCCCAGCAAACGCAGCCAGCGCCCCAGCGCAUGUCCAUGUACGCUGCUCCAGGUCAAAUACCGUCACCCGUGGCCGGUGUGGCCCAGCCGGCCCCGGCUGGCUACAACCCUCAAGCAUUCCAUACGCCAGUCCAGCCUCUCCAGCCCGUGCAGCAGCCACAGUCGGUGCCACAGUCGCAGCCACAGCCGCAACCCGGGCAGCCAGGGGUUGCUUCCCAGGCUUUCCCUGGCGCACUCCCACAAUUCCAGCCAGUACCGGGUACGAACGCCGGCCAGCAGGCUCAUCCGGCGCACCGCAUGUCCCUUCCUGGCCAGCUGCCAAGCCAGCAGACACAGCAGCCUUUCUUCCCUGGCCCACCUCUGGCCAUGGGCGGCAUACCACCUCCGCUGCCAAACCGUUUCGCGACACCGCAACAAACGGGCCAGCCAGGCCAGGUACCACCUCCUGCCCAGGCACCGGUUCCGGCUGCGGCUCCAGGCGCCCCAACUGGCACCCAGAACCCGCAGCCUCCUCCUCUGCACCACAGCCAGACGGCACCAGCGGCUGUUCCUCAAGUACACCCUCAGCCGCCUCAGCAAGGUCAGCAGCCACAGCAUACCCCGCCACCCGGGUUUGCGCACCCACAACAUGCCCAGACCAUGCCUCUUCCGGGACAACAAGUUCCCGGCCAGCCUCAGCCCGCCCAACCGCAACAACCCGCUCAGCAGUUGUUUGUUAUGGGUCCCAAUGGUGUCCUUGUUCCGUACCAGCCGCAGGCACAGCCACAGGCACAGCAGCAGGCACAGCAGCAGUUUGCUACGGCUCCUGGUCAGGCCCCGGGACAAGUGCACACGACGCCGGCGCCGGGCCCGGCGUACCGCCCAUUUGCUGCACCCCCAACCGCGCCUACUGGUACAGCGCCCCAGCGUGGCCAAAUGACAGUGGGCACGGCUCCAAACCGACCGGGUGCUGUUUCACCCACCACCAACAACGCCAACAGCGGUGGCAGCGGUGGCAGCGGCAGCGGCCUUUUCUCCAAGUUGAUGAAGAACCCGGCCGUCAAGCGCACUGCGUUUGCCAUUGGCGGCGCGCUGGUUGGCGAGAGCAUCGGCAUGUCGGGCGCCGCCGGCGCCCGCAUUGGCACCACGGCCUACUCGACGCACCAGCAGUAUAAGCGUCAGUCGUCGCAGCAGGACGCCAUGCAACAGGCCGUGCAAAAAGCGCAGGCCGACGCGGCCGAAGCCCAGCGCCAGGCGCAGAUCCAGAUCCAGCAGGCCAAGCAACAAGCCGAAGCGCAAAUCUACGCGGCGCGGCAGAUGGCCGCCACAGGCGGCCCCCCGCCACUGCACACAACACACACGGCGCCCGGCCAGAUGCAGCACGGUGUCCCGCCGGGUGGUACGCCCUCUCCGGCCGCGCCAGUGACACCGCAACAGCCAUACAUUCCCGGUCAGCCCGUGGCGUCUCCCCAACCCGCCCCCAGCCAAGUCGCGCCCGGUCAGGCAGCUCCCGGCCAACAGGUGCCAGGGCAGCCUGUAGCAGGCCAGGCCGGUCGGCCGCCUAUGCCUACGAGUUUCUCAGCGCCUCCGGGACAAGUUCCGCACGCUGCGGCACCCGGCAUGCCUGCGCAGACGCCUCCUGGGUUUGCCCCCGGUGGUGCUCCGCCCGGUAUGCGCGCUGUGCCAGUUGCGGCACCUGGUGCGGCACCUGGAGCGGCUCCCGGUGCGGCUCCCGGCGCUGCUCCUGGCGCUGCUCCUGGUAUUGCAUCCGGCGUCCAACCAGGUGUAGUUUCUAGCGCCUCUCCUGGCACCUCUCCUGCAGCCUCUCCUGCUUCCGGUGCAAGUUCAGUUCCUGGAGUUGUCCCUGGAGCUGUCCCUGGAGCUCCAGGGGCUGCUCGUGUUGUUGCUCCUGGUGCCCCUCCUGGUGCCGUUCCAGCGGCAACUUCUGUUGGGCCUCAACCAUACAUUCCUGGCACUACCACCGGAGCGCAAGCUGGUACAGCCCCAGGUGCCCAAUUCCAAGUCCAAGGCGACCGGGCGGCUGGCCGUGGUGGCCCCCCAGGUGCUGGCCGUGGUGCCCCAGGUGCUGGUCGUGGUGCCCCAGGUGCUGGCCGUGGUGCCCCAGGUGCUGGUCGUGGUGCCCCAGGUGCUGGUCGUGGCUACGGUACAGCACCUGGCGCCGGUCGUGGCUAUGGUCCCGGUGUUGCCGCAGGUCGCGGCGGUGGCGCCGCGGGUGUGAGCGCAGGCCGUGGUACCGGUGCACCGACCCCGGGCGAAGCACUGGCCAAUACGGUCAUCGACUCGCUCCUGCAAGCUCAUCAGCAUAACCAGCAAGCAAACAACCCGUACGAGGCGAUCCUGCAGCAGCAGCAGCAGCAGUCCAACCAAUUUAUGAAUAUAUUGCAGCAGUCGCAAGCCCAGGCGAACAACAAUUUCAUGAACAUUCUGCAGCAGCAAACGCAGAACCAGCCGACGUUUGUGCUGCCAACAACCACGCCUGCCGUACCCGUGUUUGAUAUAAACUCGAACACACAGAUCAACAUUGACGUCAACAACACAAGCAGUGUCGGCGGCUGGGGCGACUCGGUCAACUACUCAGGGGACGACUGGGGCGCCGACACGGGUGACGUAGGCGGCGACACGGGCGCUGACUUUGGAGGUGAUUUCGGCGACACUGGCGGUGACUUCUGA